GUACGUGGACGAUGAUCGAACACAGAGAAUGCUGCCGGCUGCAUCCUACCAAUGGCCCAUCUUUCAGGUUUUGGGAUCAGUAGAAAAUCAAUUGUUUUGUGUGUCUUGGUGGCCGGCACAGCAAUCGUGUAGUACAGCCAUACCCCACUUUAUGAUGGCACAAAACAGUGUCAUACUACGAUGCUUCCGUCCACGACGACAUUCUCGUACUUUGACAAUAGUACGAGUAAGUACCAAGUACCGUACAUAUCUGUACAACUCGAUUUCAUCACGGAUUCCUACUGUUACCGUAUUCUCACUUAUCACCUCACAUUCAUUUUCUUGACAACCCUUGUCCCCAGCGAUCGAAGAGCGCGACAAACGAAUAGACGAACGCAAGAUGAUAACGUUCCCCUCUGUAGCAAAUGCGACGCCGGCGAAUACCAGCGCCGCUGACGCAAUACCCAUCACAUGGAACCAGGAAAGCGGCCGUCGCCGCCGMCGACGACGAGACUCGAACACACGAUCCGUGAGAAUUUCCUCUCUUUCCUACCGUUGUUUCUUGCUUUCUGUUCUCGUCCUGUUGAAGUUUCACGAUUCCGAAUGGCGCUCUCGUUCUGCGUCGUGGAAAACCUUUCCUACCGCCGAAGCCUUUGUACCGACUACCGCUCCGAGAAUCAUACCUACCUCCAACGCCAACGCCAACGCCAACCAUCGACAGUGCCGGAAACGCAYGAGGCACGACACGAGUGCCAACGCGGACACCAAGAGAAACAGGAACAYCGCCCUCUGGUUUUUCUCCAUCGGCAGGAACAAACAAAACGUCAACUACAACGAGGGAGAUCCCGACCUGCCCCUCGCGCGGUACGUCGACCUCUCGGCCAACUACACGCUGGCUGCCACCCCAGAGGACUACAUCGACCUCCAAAACGGCCAGCGCUUGGUCUGUGUCGGAGACGUUCAUGGCGAUCUAGAUGCCCUCUCGAAGUUUCUGGAAACCGCUGGGGUCUACGAUCCCUCAACGCAGAGCUGGUGCGGUGGAAACACGGUGCUGGUCCAGUGCGGUGACGUUUUGGACCGGGGCUUUGAGGAACUGGCGUGCUACCAGCUGCUGGCCAGGCUCUCCCACGAGGCACUCGCGGAAGGCGGGCGUCUCGUGCUGCUAAUCGGAAACCACGAGGUCCUCAACGCCAUGGGCCUCUUCCARUACGCCUGUACCGACCAGGAGCACGAGCAAUACAUAGGAAGCGCCGUCGAUGACGCCAUCAACGGGGCCCAGAACAAGUGGCGGAUCCAGUACGUCGGAAAUCAGCCGWCUCGUUGGGCCUCGUACGAACCGGGCGGGCUCCUGGCGCACUCGCUGAUGCGCAACAUGAAGGUUGCCAUUCGGGUAGGAAAAACCAUCUGUGUUCACGCCGGCCUCAAGCCCCAACACCUCAAAGACCAUGGCGGCAUCGAAGGAAUGAACGCCGCCUUUCGGGAGUGGAUCACCCUCGGGGAAGAGCCCACGAGCGUCCCCUACAAGCAAGGCGGAGGGGAGCAGCGAUCCGUGGCCCAGCAGCUGAAGGACAACCCCCUCGUGUACAACCACCACGGCCAGUAUCCGGCCAACAUGGUUUCUCCAGAGGAACAGCCCUGGAUCGAUGCCCAGAAACGCCAGACCUUCUAUAUCCAGUCGACGCCGUCGUUUCUGGCCAGCAAUCCGCAGGAUCCCGGACCCAUCUGGAUGCGGGAAUACAGCAGCCCCCACGACGUUCCCCCGCACGACGCCGACGGCUCGCUCCGGGCCAUGCUGGACGAGACCCUCCUGCUGCUCGACGCCGAUCGCAUGGUCAUGGGGCACACCAUCCAGCGGAAAAUCAACGCCGCCUUUGGGGGCAAGGCGUGGAGAAUCGACGUCGGCGCAUCCAAGGGCUGUCUCAACGGUAAACCGGAGGUCCURGAGGUGGUGGGAAACCACGACGGUCCCGAAACGGUGUUUGUGCUGACGAGUGGAUCCGCCCCKGGCAUMGGKACCAAAAUACCCGCCAGGGAACGAAUGGUCGAUAGCUAUACAGCAGCGGCCGUCAGCAUGAUGUGAUUCGUAUGAUAUCAGCUUUGCCUGCCAACUACAACCAACUGUCGAAGAGGAUCGAUCGGACCAUUUUGGUUUUGGAGAAGAGAAAUGGGAUGGGAUGAAAACAAACACCKCGAAGUAGUUUUUUGAAGCAACAAGAUACUUUUAAAAGAAUUACUUUAAUGCGCAUCUAUUUAGAAACGAGACACCUUCAAUGAUGUCAAAAUGAUGACACAGACACGAAAGGAAAGCAAGGAGGAUUUUCUACAAUUACUAGURUGUUGGUACCCGCAGUCGAGAAGUGGGACCAUUGAGAACAUUWAAAAAAAUUACACAAAUUUUCAACCACUAGGAAAGCGAGAACCAUCACUUUGCCUUUAGUUGCUCCAAGGGGCGCCAUUGAGAACAUCUACAAUUGCAAAUUCUCUUGACAGUCAGUCAUCUACACACAUACGAACACUUUUUACGAUGGUCAUCGAGAAACUCAUGCRAGUUCCAUCUUUGUCGCCAUAUCCAGGUGUAAUGACUGUAGAUACCACAAAGAGAAAGUGGUUGUUAGCGUCAAUGAGGCCAAAAAUCCACACUCAUGCAUGGUCUUUCAGUCCAUACUGAAUUUGUUAUUAUCUCACGAGCUGCUGUCCUCUUGUUGGCUUCGYAUUGAAAAAAUGGUAAAAUAUUAG